UGGCCUAGACUGUCGAGGUUGAACCACUCCUGUCUUAAAAUUGUGCCGUUUAGUUGAAGAAUAGCUCCGUUAAUCGACGGAGGUGAAAAUCGGGUGCUCCGAGUUAGUGCGUUCACGUGAUCGCGGCUCUACUCGUCGUAUCAACGAACGAAUCCAUUCAUCGUGUCCGUUUUCCCACCGAGAAGAAAGCUGCACUGCGCAUAUAUCGAGAUUUGAAAGGUGAUCAACGGUUAACUUAUGGACCGAAUGACGGAGAGCGGAAAUAAUUGGCUGGCCUGACGUAACGUUCCGGAAAAGGAGUUGACGUGCCUCGAGAGUGAAACGAGAAUAUCCAGCGAAGAUAAACAAGGCUUGGUUCGUGCGUUGCAUACGUAAAAAAAAAGAACUGGGACGUGAAUCCGACUUGAACAGGACUGAAAAUAAAACAAGGCCUUCGGAUCCUGAUUACGAAACGACACUGAGAUAAAUUCCAUCGAUUAUUCUAUAGAUCCAUCAACGAGGUGGACGAUGACCACUCGCGAGUGGAUAUACAUUAUAUAUCAAUUAUGAAGUAGAUAUUGACAUAUCGCCGUUGGUUUGUGCAAAUAUAAGGAAACGAAUCUGGCGAAAAUAUAACCUCAUAAAUAAAUCGGCGAGUUCAAAUAAGAAGAAGGAAGAAAAAAAGAUAGACUUAUUUUCACUGUAGACUUUCUAGGCAAUAGAGAAUUGGUGAUAUUCGGCGAUACACCGGGAGUUCCGGCCGCGAUUAUAACAGCCGACUCUCGAGCCCAGUUUUAUUCCAAACUUGAUUGGCCACGAGUGUUAACGGUGCUUCGUGUCGUCGAUCCGCAAUAUUUAAAGUGGACAAAGGAUCGAAUCAACAGUGUAAAAAUGCGAAAGUUUAGUAUCGCCGGUUGGCUUCUGCGGUUGCAGACCUUGAUCGUGAUCGUCUCCUAUCCAGCCGCGGGACAAUUCGACCACGUUUCCAGCCCGUCGGUAAUCACCGACGUUUUCACGGUUGGCCUGACGAAGCGACAAACGCCUAUGCACAAGGUGCUCUUCACCCAGAGGGGAUACAUACAGUUCUUACGCUGGGAGCUUCCGGUACCAGAAAUCGAAGAAUUUACCUUUUGUUUGUGGGUCAAGUCCUUCAACUUGACGUACGCUCAUUCGAUAUUUUCGUACUCAAAGGACGAGUCAGAGCGGCUGGUGCGUUCUUGGAUAUCGCCGUUUGGUCGCAGCAUGCACCUCGAGGUCGGGGGAGUCGAGAUAAUGGCGCAUCCCACCCGCUUCCAGGAGCACCGAUGGUACCACGUCUGUCAGAGCUGGGAUAACCAGAUCGGACGGUACGCGGUCUGGAUCGAUGGGCAGAAGGCGACCGAGGGCCAAGCCAUUGAGCUGGCCGGUCGUGUGAUACCCAGCGGCGGUGACAUAGUCGUGGGUCAGGAGUACACCGACUUCGACAAGGGACUGGAAGAGGGAAUCGAGGGCGCGGUGGUGGGCUUCAAUCUUCUCCUGGUCUCGGCUUUCGACAGACUGAAGGGUUUUCACAACGGGCGAGACUCGAUCCUGUCGUCUUCGGGUUAUGGGAUUGACGCAGGAUCGUUGAACUCGAAUUUCGCAUUCAAGAGAAGUCCGGAAAUCAAUCACUUCCGGAGGACCGGAGGAACCGGUCAGACGCUGACCGCAAAACCGGCGGCAAACCGGUUUAUCGACUAUCCGAAGAAAAUCGUCAACGAAAGACGCGAGGGGGCUUUCGAAAGCACUUUGAGGGAGUAUCUCGGAGAUCAGGGAGGGUUUGGUGGGACCCUCGUGAAGACGGGCGACGAGCAACGGCCAGUUCUGGCAGUGAAAAUUGUUCACAGGAGUAAAAGGGACACGAGGCAAACGAUGCGGAGACGAACAAAGCGACGUGGAGGAAAAGAGCCUCUCGGCUUACAGCUGAUGCACUUGACUUAUAGUCACUGCGAAAUCGGCAGAGGUAGUCCCUUCAUCGGAGGUUCCAAGAUGUUGAUAUCCUGGACCAGGACACCGGUCAAGGUUUUCGGAGGCGCGAUUGUGAAAAACGCGAAGAGCUCCUGCGGGAACUUUUAACACGACAAACCCAAAGGUGUUUUUGCAGCUACCUCAAGAAAUCGGCAAUCAUUUUCAGGCAAUUGGAAUAGUCACAUGAUCGCUUUGACCGUUAUAGUGGAUGUAGUAUUUAUACCAGUGAACAUUAGAUUCUUUGCUUCUUUGUGCAUCGUUAACGAUGCCAUAGAUUUUGUACGCCUUGAUAAUUUAUACCUCGUUAUUUGAAAAACGAUACGUUACAUAUUUGACGAAUUGUUGUAAAUAGUUAAUUAAGGAAUAUAAUUAUUCUUGUACUUAGCAUGUCAAACAGUACUAAUAUCUUAGCUGUAAUAAAAGAUUUUAUACGAAGA